CCGUAAGAGUUCGCUCUGAUCAUUUACUAUUAUUUUUGUUACUCUUCAAAGUUAUCAUUAUGUCUGGUCGUGGUAAAGGAGGUAAAGCAAAGGGAAAGUCAAAGACCCGCUCAAGCCGUGCUGGUCUUCAAUUUCCAGUGGGUCGUAUCCAUCGUAUGUUGAGGAAAGGAAACUAUGCUGAACGUGUUGGGGCUGGUGCUCCAGUAUACCUCGCCGCUGUCAUGGAAUACUUAGCCGCUGAAGUUCUGGAAUUGGCUGGAAACGCCGCUCGUGACAACAAGAAGUCCAGAAUUAUCCCACGUCAUCUACAGCUCGCUAUCCGUAAUGACGAGGAAUUGAACAAACUUCUAUCUGGAGUUACCAUUGCUCAAGGAGGUGUAUUACCUAACAUCCAGGCUGUUCUUUUACCCAAAAAGACCGAGAAAAGCAGCUCUUAA